UCCCCUGAAUCAGCGCCAGGAAACAGCUCGCAUGCUUCUUCACCAUACUUAACUCCGCUCUGGAAAGAAGUAGAUGCGUGGUUCUUUUUACAUGACAAGCAACCACAAUUCAAGUUUCUUCAUGAGAUAUAAAUCUCUCAGAUCAGGACAAGCAACCCCAUUUUCUUUUUUCCUCUCCUCUUUUCAACUUAGCCUCAGAGAGUGAGAGUGAGAGUGCUGAGAGAGAGAGAAGAUGGCUAUGGGAGGAUCCCACAAGGGAAACACCGGUGGUAACAGAGGGAAGCCUUACGGGUUGAUGUUGCUUUUGGCAUUUGGAGCUGCUCUGCUUGGAGUCAUGGUUAUCCACAAGCUUAGAGAGAGACGUAUCUUCAAUCUCCUUGUCAAAGAGAAGGACCGUGAGCUCCUUUCUCUUCAGCUUCUCCUACAGAAGGAACGCGAGUACAACAAAGAAAUGAAAAGGAAGACUGAAGAGAUGAAAGCGAAGAUGUACUCUCUCUCAGCCCAAGCAAUGGAGAGUAACAGAAGAAUUGUGGAGAUGCAGUCCACAAUUGAUUCUCUAAAAGACGAACAGAAAAUCAUGGAGUCUGCACUUGAAGAGAAGCAGAAGGAGAUCAAACUGCAGAGAGAGACAAACAUAGAUCCAGAAAAAGAGAAUCAACAAAUGAUAGCUCUGAUGGAAAGUCUGAAGCAAAAGGAAACUGAGAUUGAGGAUUUGAAGCGCCGUUAUGAAAAUCCAACUAAGAUAUUGUCAGUAAGUACAGAUGACCCAUCAAACCCACAGACAAAUUUAAAUGUGACCCCAAAUUAUAGCAAUGGUGAGAAUUCAUUAACAGGCAAUAGAAGUGAUGACACAUCCACCACUCUAGUAAACAGUGAGAAUACUGCCAGGCUUGAAAAUAGAAUUGAAAGCAAGGCCGUCAUUGUUGAUAGGAGGGAAGAGUCCAUAGAACAGCUGACGACGGUGGAAAAUUCAGCUGAAGGUCUCAGAAAUGAAGGUGCAGUUGAUGUUAGUCAUGGAAACAGCAAGGGAAAUUCUCAAGAUAACGGUGUUUCUGUUGCGGGACAGGAAAAUAAUAUUGCAAAUGCAACUGAAGGAAUUGCCAGCUUAGUUGGGAAAGUUUCACAAGUUGAAAACACUGAUAAUGACAUGAAAUUGGCAGAUGAGGAAAAGCAUAAAGUUGCCAGAGAUGAGCAGCUCGGACUCAAGAGUUCUCAACAAGAAGAGGACCGGGAUCAAGGGACCUUUAAGGGUGGAGUGAAGUUGGAAUUGACAGAUAACACCAGAAGUUCCAGCUCUAGGGCGAAGGGCAAACAUGCAAAGGGAAAGCGAUGGAGAAUGCUUGCUAGGAACAGGAAGUUGGAGAACAACAGAAAUUAUGAAAGAAAUGAAGAUCAGAGCCAGACAACAAGACGAUUUUCUCAUCAUGAUCAGGGAGGACAGCUAGACACACAGGCAACAGCUUCAAAUGAGGGAAGAACAGACAGCGAGAGAGUAAUGAGCAGAAAUAACCUAUUGGAAGUGAUAAAAGCAGACGAUCUUUCUAAUGCCAAAUUGCUGGAGCCUCGCAAGUUUGAAGAGUCUGAGAACCUGAAUGUCAAACCUGUUAUAGAUGAUCCAAAUGACCAGCUAGAGAAAGUGCAUGGGAUGUGGAAAAGGCCCCAUGUAACUCAGGGUGGGCAAUUGUUGACAAAUGAAAGCUUUCACAAGAAUGCCCGUGACAUCAGAAGCAAAGACAAGAAAGAGAGAUUGGAUGAAGUCCAACAAUAUGAAGGCCAAGAAAUUAGUGGCAUUGAGGAAAGCAGAAACAACAGGAACAUGAGCAUGCAAAACGGUGCUGAAACAAUUAAUGCUGCCCUCAGCCAUGAAAGGACAGGAGAGAUGGUGACUCCAGAAAUCGACCGUCAGCCAGGUGCAGGCACUGGAGAUUUUUAUAAAGAAUCGGACUCAGAUUUCGACGAAGAUAAAAGAGAGUACAAAGAGGAAACAGAUGAAUCUGAAUUCUAGCCAACUAGAAAAGUUUUAUGCUAUUUUGCUUGUUGGUAAAUACUUGCAUGCAUAUUAGAACAGUGAGCAGAUGCACUUGCUUUUAUGACUGAAACUGAUAUGAAACACUAUCUAUCCCAA